UCCGGGCCCCGGUCGCGUGGCUCGCCGCCGGGGAGGACAUGGGCUCGCAGCGGGUCGAGCUGGGCUUCGUGGAGUCGGCGGCUGCUUGGCGGCUGCGCAGUGAGCAGUUCCCGUGCAAGGUCGGCGGGAGGCCGGCCUGGCUGGGCGAGGCUGCUUUGCCGGGCCCUGAGAAGCUGCGGUGCGGCGUGUGCGGGCGGCCCUGCGCCUUCCUGCUGCAGCUGUACGCGCCGUCGCCGGCCCGGCCCGACGCCUUCCACAGAAGCCUCUUCCUUUUCGGCUGCCGCCAGCCCGCUUGCUACCGCCCCGCCGGUCCCAGUCCCGGCUGCCUGAGGGUUUUUAGGAAUCAGUUACCUCGGAAGAAUGACACUUACUCUUUUGAUCCACCUCCCGAAGAGCCACCACUGGAAGAACCGCCUUCCGUGAGUCUGCAGCUAAAAUGUGGAGCAAAGCUGUGCAGAGUCUGCGGGUGUUUGGGUCCCAAAACUUGCUCUAAAUGUCACAAGGUUCAUUAUUGUAGCAAAGACCAUCAGCUUCUUGAUUGGAAAGCAGGACAUAAGGCAUCAUGCAUGCAGCCAGAUAAACCGAAUGUUAUGAUUCCAGAUCAUAACUUUCUUUUCCCCGAGUAUGAAAUUGUAAGAGAGCCAGAAGAAGCAGACUCCUCCAGUGUCAGUGAAAGAGAGAAUGAAGAUCUGGAGAAAAAUGAAGAGUCCACAUUUGCAGAUAAUACAUAUGAAACUUCUGAAUCCCUAGAUGAGAAUUUCCUAGAAGCAAUGGCAAAACAUGAAACCCAAGAUGACAAGUUUUUUCAAAAAUUUAAAGAGAAAAUAUCUUUGGAACCAGAACAGGUUAUCAGAUACUGCAGAGAUGGAGAAGGCCCCAUCUGGAUUUCAGGGGAAAAUAUUCCUGAGGAGACAGAUAUCCCCAACUGUUUGUGUGGUGGUAAAAGAGUAUUUGAAUUCCAGGUUAUGCCACAACUUCUGAAUCACCUAAAAGUUGACAGCCUUGGAGAAAGCAUUGACUGGGGAACACUGGCUAUCUACACGUGUGCUGACAGCUGCAACUUUGGCAGCCAGUACACUGAAGAGUUCAUCUGGAAGCAGAAUAUCUCCAGCUCUGCCUGAUUUAUACAAAAUCUAAACAGCAGGAUGCCUUUCUUCACUAUGAUUAAAAACCUCUUGCAAGCCUAGAACUGUUUAUCAUUGGAACAUCUGCACUGAAUGGCUGGACAAAAGAAAUGGAACACUGUCAUUAGUGACAAGAUCAAUCUCAGAGUACAAGCAUGACUUUUAAAAAACAUUUAAUAAAACAGUUGCUUAAAGCUGAGAUAAGACUAA